CAGCUUCCCACCUGACUGUCAAAGAAAUAGCCUGGUGGUACUGCGAGUUACGCUGCGCGACAGCAGCCUCAAGAACAGCGCUGAUCUCUUCUUGAUUGAUUAUUUUGGCCAUAUUUUCCGAAAAUGAGCAAGGUCGACAGGGGAGAGACCAGGGAGGCGACGGAGGCGCAGGCGAGACCACAAAGACACGAGCAGGACGGCAGAGACACACGCAGGAUUGCAAGGGCACAAGCAGGACCGCAGAGACGCAAGCCAGAGGCACGAGAAGGACCACAAAGACACAGGCAGGACAAACGAGGCGCAGGCAGGAAGACGAAGAAACACGCAACACCAGGCAGACACAAAAGAGGCAGAGAGGGUGCAGAGAGAUAAGACAGAAGCAAGAGAGAGCGAGGCGAGAGAGGGGAAAGAGACAGAAAAACAGAGAGACAGAGGGAUGGAGAGACUGGAGAGAUCGAAGAGGCCGGAGAGAUUAGGAAGAUCAAAGAGAUCAGGGAGAUCAAGGAGAUCAGAGAGAUCAGGGAGAUCAGAGAGAUCAGAGAGAUCAGGGAGAGCAGAGAGAUCAGGGAGAGCAGAUAUCAGAAGAGAGAUGGUAGAGCAAAUUACCUUGGAUAGUUAUAUUGAAGGAAGAUUCAGC